GGUUUUGUAUUUGGUCUUGUAUUUAAGAAAAUAUCGUGUAACAUACCUUUUUAUCAGCUCUUCUUUUUUGCCUGAUGUGUGGGCAUCCCACAUUUUAACCAACUUUUCAACUCCGGCACCGUUGUCGCCUCAAAUGGCUUGUUUAAUAUCGCCCCCGACAUGUCUUAAGCUUCCAUCAUGUGUUCCUAUCGCUGUCAACAACACUUCCGGUACUAUUUUGACCCCUGCAGUGCAAAAUUCCGGUCAUGCGCACAUCGCACCUUUCGAAUAAUGCAAGUCGUAUGUAGAGGUACCAACAGAGAGAAAAUGACACUCGCCUAACGAUAGCUUACCCUGGACCACCACUGUCCGUCCUAGUACAUCAUGGCCAGCAGGCUGAUGAACGAAGCUCCCAAAUGGGUAGUUUUGAUAAUUUGGCUGUUGACAAAUGUUGGCUUAUUUAUUGGAUAUUUCUUUUACUACUACAAUGGAGAGAAAUUCUUCUACAUUAGAAAAAUUGUUGGGCUUGGUCUUCCUUUUGCUAGAGGUGCUGCAGCUUGUUUGAACUUUAAUUGUAUGCUGAUAUUACUACCAGUAUGCAGGAAUUUGAUAUCAUUUUUACGAAAGUCUUGUACAUGCUGUAAACGAAACAUGCGCCGCCAACUUGACAAAAACAUAACAUUCCAUAAAUACAUAGCUUACAUGAUAUGUUUGCACACAGCCAUCCAUGCAGGAGCACACUGCUUCAAUGUGGAGUUCUUUGUAGAUGCACAAAGCCCUACAAUAAACAAAGAUGAGGCAGCACUGUUGACAGCUCUCAGUUCAAUAGCUGGGGGAAAUGGCACUGCAGCUAUUAACCCUGUCAGGUUACCAAAUGCUGUAGGGUUGAGCCGGGAGCAACUGAUGCACCAGCGUAUUACAGAACUUAGUGCAAAAUUACUUCUCUCUGAGAAACUUGGCAAGGAGAAACAGAGUGCAUAUGAAUCUCUUCGGAGACAGUUUAGUUCUAUCCUGCAGAAUAAACUGAAGGACAGUAAUGACAGCAGCAUCAGUACUGCUCUCAGGUCGCAGUACAGGGACUUACUGACCAGUCUGAGUUACGAUGCCAUCCGUCCCCCUGAUAUGUUCCAUGAACUGACACAUUUGAAUGGCCGCAUCGAAGCACUGUCACCAGCUUUUAGGAUCUCUAGGGGUAGAACAGGAGUAUCAAUCGUUGUUGGCAUUCCCUCAGUGAAGAGAGAGAAAAACAGCUAUUUACUGGAUACUUUGAGGUCGCUGGUGGAUAACCUCAAUGAAGAAGAAAAGAAUGAUACAUUGUUGGUUGUGUUAAUAGCAGAGCCCUAUGAUGUGAAGUAUAUCCAGAGCCAGGCAGAGCUGGUCAAGUCAAAUUUUCCAGAUGAAGUGGGUUCAGGUCUUAUUGAGGUGUUGGGACCCUCUGCCUCCUAUUACCCUGAUCUGGACAGCAUAAAGGAGACCCUGGGGGACUCCAAGGAGAGGACAAGAUGGAGAAGUAAACAAAACCUGGACUUUGUGUACCUGUGGAUGUAUGCCAGAACAAGGGGGACAUAUUAUGUACAGCUGGAAGAUGAUGUCAUGGCCAAGUCUGGUUACGUGACCAUCAUGAAGAACUUUGCUCUCAGCCAGAAGACAGAUGACUGGCUACUGCUGGAGUUCUCAUACCUGGGCUUCAUUGGGAAGAUGUUCAAGUCUGCUGAUUUGCCAUACUUGAUAGAGUUUAUCCUGAUGUUCUACACAGAGAAGCCCAUAGACUGGCUACUGGACCAUUAUCUGUUUGUCAAAUUGUGUAGUCCAGAGAAGGAUGCAAAAUACUGCGACCGAAUGAAGAGCAGUUUACGCCGCCGCUUCAAACCCUCCCUGUUUCAGCACGUUGGAAUGCAUUCUUCACUGAAGGGAAAAGUGCAGAAAUUGAAAGACAAGGACUUUGGCAAGGCUCAGCUCCAUCAUCCCCACACCAACCCUCCAGCUGAGGUGUCCACCACGAUAGAAAAAUACCAGAAAUACUCCCUGGAUGAUGCCUAUCUGGGCCUGGACUUUUUCUGGGGAACCUUUCCCAAAGCUGGCGAUAUGUGCAUCUUCAGGUUUAAUCCACCAAUAGCAUUAGAGAGCUUUUACUUCAAAAGUGGCAAUCCGGAGCACCCUGGGGAUCAGUUGUAUAACACAACUAUUGAAAUCAUGCCAUACUCGCACACACAAAAACAAGAUGGCAUCCUGACCAAUGACGUGAACUACCAACAGUACAAUCGCACAAACGACGGCUACCUGAUCAUGGGGGAGUUUGUUAAUAGCGUGGCCAAGGGGGAUGUUGGAGCUGCUCUUGGUCCUAUAUUGGAGUUGAGACUGCAUGUGAAGUCUGAGAGCAAGGCAUGGGUUAUCCUCAGUGAGAUUUACAUAAAACCAUUAACGACAAGCUGACAGGGAAUGGCUACAGGCAGUUGACAAGACUGGACACAUGUGACCCAAUGUACAGGUGUUUUUUAUUUCUCAAAUGAUCUGUUAAAUUUUGAUAUGCCAAAUUGCUCAUAUCAGGUGCUUGCAAGUUCAUUUUGGAAUAUUUAUAAACCAUGUAGAUAAUAACACUUAGAUCAAUUCAAAUGAUAUUUAUAAACUCUAUAAUGAAUUACAUAAUUCUUAUUUUAUGUGUGAGGUAUUUACUCAAGUUUACACAGAUGGCUUUACAUUUUAAAUCGGUUAUAGUGUUCAUUUUAUCAUUUUAUGUACGCUGUCAUCAAGAAUGCCUUUUUGCCUAUAGUGAUUCUAUGAUUUCAUGAUUUUUCUCAGCAUAAAAAAGGGCUUUUAUUGGUUUUAAUGUUAUGGGAUAUUAAGGGAAUUCACUUUUAUUUUGAGCUGUUUAUGAAUAUAUAUUAAUAAUAUGAAUUUCUUUUACACGGAUAGAGGCAAUUUAUUUGUAAUAAAAAUAUAUUUAUAUGUGUGUGUGUUAAUAUUUGAAAGGGAUUUGUGAAAAUUCUCCUAUAUUGCUGAUAUUUAUAAUAUUUUCAAAUAUUUUAAUCUUCUGUGCUGUUUUAAUUGCCAUGACGGUUUGGGAUUUGGUGCUACAACAAAUGGUUUUUCAUAAUCAUACUGCUUUUUUAUGAUCAUUUAUGAUCCCCCCAAAUUAUUUACCAGGUGCUAUCCAAGGAAAAAAGUUGAUACAGUAAUUAUUAUAUUAGUUGAUUAUUCAAGAAGUAGAUUCAAUAAAACAAUUUUAAUGGAGUCAUAGCAAUGGGCAUUAGUAGAAAAAUAACGAUAAGUCUGAACUAAGCCCAAAAACAUGAGUUCUUUGUGAAAUGGGCUCAAAAGCUAGUCUAUCAUUAACUGAUUUUUUUUCACAAUCAAGGUUCGAAAUUAAAACUAGUUUAUUUUAUCUGCUGUAUUUAAUGUGUUCAUUGCAAUUUUUGUUCUUAUAGUUGUGUGAGGGAUGUGAAUUUGUUUUACAGUAAGGGAAAUUAUGAGACAAAUUUGAAAACUUUGAAAACCAAGACAACAAUCUGGUACAUUUUUCAAAUUUUCAAUUAUGGUGUAUUUUAACUAUUUUAAGCUAGAAGUGAUUUCUGAAGAUGGAAUUUUAUAUAAAAUGUAGGUUUUAUUCAUAUUUAUGUCAACUGCAGUUUGAAUGUCGAAAUGGGUAGAUUUUGUGUUGAAAUUUUGUUCUUCUGGUAUAGAAGACAAAUUAUUCCAAUAAUGGCUCAUUCAGUUUCUUUGAGC